AUGCCCAGUGGACCCGGACCCGGCAUCUGCCGAAGCCCUCACCCGGGAACGCAGGGAGCUGUUUGCUUGUUUACAACCAAGUUCCAGCCCACUGCCUGCGAUGGAAAUCCAAGAGGAAACGAGUGCAGGGAGUUCUCCCGGAGCUUGCUUGACUUGCACUUCCUCACGGAUGCGGGAGGCCGGACAUGCGGGUCGGGAGGGCACGAGGGCACCGGGCCUUGGCCACCGGGAUGGGCCCUGCCGCCGCCGCCCCCUGUGGGCCGCUGGCCCGAGAUCCGCACUCCCGCGGUGGCCGCGACUCGAGGUUUCCGGCGACGCGCAGCACAGGACGUUUCCAGCCUCGGCCCAUAUUUGGUGAAAGUCUUUCGAGACUCCGUCAUCCGGCUCCGAGGGGGCGGCGGUCCUGGGAGCUUGCCCGGCGACCGCGCAGCCGCCGCGGCGUUCCUGAAAAGUGCAUCCCGGCCGCCCACGCCCGGGUUCCCCCCGUCGCAAGGGACCCCAAGGCUGGCGGAGCCCGGAGUCCGCAGCACCUCAAUCCCCGGCCCCCUGCGCGGGAGAGCAGAAACCAGGCCUGCGCUGUGGGAGAGGCUGGUGGCACAGGGAGCUGCAAGGAUUAUGUCACUUUUCCCGUCCACCCCGCUGUUGACUCGUUCUCCCUACGGGGCAGCAAGUGGCCUCUCCGUGCCAGACAUCGAGGCCUUGGGCAGCUUCCUACCCUGGGUGACUGGAAAACAGGAGGAUGGCUUCUCCAGACUUGAGGAACCUGUCCCUGCACAGCUCCUCACUCUCAGCACUCUCCAUGAUAGUUCCACACCUUGCUUUCCCUUAUCAGAGACAACAGGGCUCCAGCCCCUCAAUAGUCCCCUCCCAGGGUCCGGGAAGAAUCUACAACCAGCUGAUAAUUAAUCUUUGAA